CCGUCUUAUCAAUUUACUUUAUUGAUAGGAGUAAGGCUGGAUACGAGAAAGUCAAUUUAUAGCGACCGAUUCAUCUACAUGUACAAUAUAAGAUGAAUAACACAACCCAUCUAUGUGCCUCCAUUGCGACCGUUUCUCAAUGGAAUUUUAUUGAUAUUAGCCUUUGUCACGCAUUUCAUUUUGCAUUUGGUCGCCCAUUUCAGUGUGAAAGUCAUCAUAUUUGAAAGUAAGUGUGGUGUUGAUCUAGUGUUGCUUCUUUGUAUUAGCAAAAUGAGUGAGAGUGAAGAUGAUAAAUUGAUACUUUGUGUUGGGAUGUGUGUUCUAGACAUAAUUCAUGUUUGCGAGCAAUAUCCUCAAGAAGAUACGGAUAAAAGAUGUUUGAGGGGUCACUGGCAACGUGGAGGGAAUGCAUCUAACAAUUGCACUGUCUUACGACAACUCGGAAGCAACUGUGAAUUUCUUGGAGUAAUUAGUGCCGCCAAGUCAUUCCAAUAUAUAAAUGAUGAUUGUCGCGAGAGGGGCAUAUCAAAUGCCAAUUGUCCCCAAGUUGAAAAGAAUCCACCAUUCUCGUCGGUUAUCUUGAACUUGGAGACACAUUCGCGUACAAUCAUACAUUGCAACGAUAACUUUCCUAUAUUGCGAUAUGAUGACUUUAAAAGGGUCAACCUGGAUAAGUACAAAUGGAUUCAUUUCGAGGGAAGGAAUCCAGACGAAACCACUCGGAUGAUUGAACGGAUCAUAGAUUAUAAUAGAGAGACUAAAAGCUCGAUCAAAAUUUCAAUGGAGCUUGAAAAAAUGAAGGAAGAGUUACUGGUUCUUGCCAAUGCCGUUGAUUAUGUAUUCCUUGGAAAGGAUAUCUCAAUGCAUUUGGGCUGGAAAAAGGCUAAAGAGGCUGUGCAUCAAUUAAGGAAUCGUAUAGAUAAUAAAAGAUGCAUAAUAAUUUGCACUUGGGGUGCCGAGGGCUGCACAAUUCUAGAUGAAAAAGACCAUUUCGAGCACGUUCCAGCAUAUCCACCGGAGAAAAUUGUCGAUACAUUGGGCGCUGGAGACACAUUUUGUGCAGCAGUUAUCCACUUUCUAAGUAAAGGAAGGACGGUCAGGGAUUCCGUGGAAUUAGGCAACAAAGUUGCUGGAUUCAAAUUGAGUGCAUUCGGUUAUGAUCACAUUGGAAAGUUUGUAGAGAAAUGAUUGUAGAAUGAACUGAGUAGUGACUGUAGAGAAUAUAAUUUAAUAAAAACAGACAUUCCACGGGA